AUGGAUUCAUCAUUUUCUUCUUUUGAACAACCUGAAUCUUAUUAUAAAUCACAAAACGAUUCUCAAGAAACUUCUAUAGCCGCCGAAAAGCAACCUGCCAUUUUGGCAACUCAUCGUCACCUUAGCAAUGCUGAAAUUUCUCGUUACAUUGCUAGUUUAUGGAGAAAUGAAACAAAUGAAAUUCGUUUGAAAUGGGAAAGAUUCGCUGACCAAACUAAACUUGAACACAUGAAAGCUUAUCCUAAUUAUGUUUAUCUUGGACCAAUUAGAGUAUCUACCAGAGGUCAACAUCGUGUUAAUGUGAUUGAUAGACCUCAAUUGAAUACUACAAGUUAUACAUCAAUGUUAUCAUCGCCUCCAGAUAUUACUUCUUUUUAUGAUCCUUUGAUGAAUACCCUUGAUGACCUUUGGAGAAUAAUCCCAACUCAAUCUGAUGAAAUCUCUCAGCAACAACAACAACAAUUAUCGGGAACUGAUUUCUCGUAUCAUCAAAUUACUGAAUUAUCAUCAUCAUCUCCUCCUACUACUACUUCUCCUUCUGCUUCUACUAUUCCUACUACUAUUCCUACUACUAUUCCUACUACUAUUCCUGUUUCUAUUCCUUCUCCCACAAAUUCCCAUACUAAUUACCAUGAAAAUACAAUUGUGGAUCCUUCAAUAGUUUAUUUAUCACAUGAACAAGUCAUUAAGUCAUUAUGUUAUGAAACAUCAAAAUCACAUGAUUAA